AGAGCAAACUCUCUGGAACCUUCUAAAUGGAUGUCUCGAGAAAAGUAGACCCCCAAAGUAUAAAAAGAGAGAGGCUGUCUCGUGCCUUUGCAGUAAGUGUGAAACACCAAGAGGAACACCUAGAGAGGCAUUCCCAGCAGAUCUUGUAGGCUGAGGCUGUCCACAAGUGAUUCAUUCCAACAGAAAAGAUGCCAGAGGCCAAGAAUGUCAUGGGGGAGGAGGCGGAGACCUUUGCCUUCCAGGCGGAGAUCGCCCAGCUGAUGUCCCUCAUCAUCAACACCUUCUACUCCAACAAGGAGAUCUUCCUCAGGGAGCUCAUCUCUAACUCCUCAGAUGCCUUGGACAAGAUUAGAUACGAAAGCCUGACAGACCCCAGCAAGCUUGAGUCGUGCAAGGAAAUGAAAAUUGACAUCACCCCUGAUCCACACGCCAGGACCCUCACACUUGUCGACACGGGCAUCGGCAUGACCAAGGCCGAUCUCAUCAACAACCUUGGCACCAUCGCCAAGUCCGGCACCAAGGCCUUCAUGGAGGCCCUGCAGGCUGGAGCCGACAUCUCCAUGAUCGGGCAGUUCGGCGUGGGUUUCUACUCCGCCUACCUGGUGGCCGAGAAGGUGACCGUCAUCACCAAACACAACGAUGACGAGCAGUACAUUUGGGAGUCUGCCGCUGGUGGAUCCUUCACCGUUAAGCCUGACACUGGUGAGCCCAUUGGUCGUGGCACCAAAGUCAUUCUUCACCUGAAGGAGGAUCAGACAGAAUACACGGAGGACAAGCGCGUCAAAGAGAUUGUGAAGAAGCACUCCCAGUUCAUUGGCUACCCCAUCACACUCUACGUUGAGAAGCAGAGAGAGAAGGAGGUUGACCUCGAGGAGGGUGAGAAGAUCGAAGAGAUUGAUGCAGCAGCGGAAAAAGACAAGCCACAGAUCGAGGACAUUGGCGCCGAUGAAGACGAGGACGCCAAGGAUGGCAAAAACAAGAGGACGAAGAAGGUCAAGGAGAGGUACAUUGAUGUUCAGGAGCUGAACAAGACCAAGCCCCUCUGGACCCGUAACCCUGACGACAUCUCUGCAGAUGAGUACGGCGAGUUCUACAAGAGUCUGACCAACGACUGGGAGGACCACCUGGCUGUCAAGCACUUCUCAGUGGAAGGACAGCUGGAGUUCAGGGCGCUUCUCUUCAUGCCCAGAAGGGCUGCAUUUGACCUCUUUGAGAACAAGAAGAAGAGGAACAAUAUCAAGCUGUACGUGCGCAGGGUCUUUAUCAUGGACAACUGCGAGGAGCUCAUCCCAGAAUAUUUGAACUUCAUCAAGGGAGUGGUGGACUCUGAGGACCUGCCCCUGAACAUCUCCAGAGAGAUGCUGCAGCAGAGCAAGAUCCUGAAGGUCAUCCGCAAGAACCUCGUCAAGAAGUGCCUGGAGCUCUUCCAGGAGAUUGCGGACGACAAGGACAACUACAAGAAGUUCUACGAGCAGUUCUCAAAGAAUAUCAAGCUGGGUAUCCAUGAGGACUCCCAGAACAGGAAGAAGCUGUCAGACAUGCUGCGCUAUUUCACCUCCAACUCUGGAGACGAGAUGGUGUCCCUCAAAGACUACGUGUCCCGCAUGAAGGAAAACCAGAAGCACAUCUACUACAUCACUGGUGAGACUAAGGACCAGGUGGCUAACUCUGCCUUUGUGGAGCGUCUCCGUAAGGCUGGUCUGGAGGUCAUCUACAUGAUCGAGCCCAUCGACGAGUACUGCGUCCAGCAGCUGAAGGAAUAUGAUGGCAAGAACCUGGUGUCUGUGACCAAGGAGGGCCUGGAGCUGCCAGAGGACGAUGAGGAGAAGAAGAAGCAGGAGGAGCUGAAGAACAAAUUCGAGAACCUGUGCAAGAUCAUGAAGGACAUCCUGGACAAAAAAAUUGAGAAGGUUUCCGUAUCCAACCGGCUGGUCUCGUCCCCCUGCUGCAUCGUGACCAGCACGUACGGCUGGACGGCCAACAUGGAGCGCAUCAUGAAAUCUCAGGCCCUGAGGGACAACUCCACUAUGGGCUACAUGACCGCCAAGAAGCACCUGGAGAUCAACCCCGCACACCCCAUCGUGGAGACACUCAGGGUGAAGGCCGAGGCCGACAAGAAUGACAAGGCAGUGAAGGACCUGGUGAUCCUGCUCUUCGAGACGGCCCUGCUGUCCUCUGGCUUCACCCUGGAGGACCCACAGACGCAUGCCAACCGCAUCUACAGGAUGAUCAAGCUUGGUCUCGGCAUUGAUGAUGAUGAUGCCAUCGGUGACGACCUUCCUCAGCCUGGCGAUGAGGACAUGCCCGUUCUGGAGGGUGAUGAUGAAGACACUUCCAGGAUGGAAGAAGUUGAUUAGACGACUGUAAAUGAUUCACCUUUGUAUUUCUUUUUUUGAAUUCAAGUUAUUUAAAUAUGGUUUUGUUUUUGUGCAAACAUACUGUACAUUUCAUCAAUUGGUGGUAUUUGUUAAACGAGAAACUAGCGACUCAUCAUGACACAACAUACCAUCUUUAAUCUGAGGUCCACUGAAUGUUUUUUUUUUGUUUGUUUUGUUUUGUUUUCCUUUUUGUUUAUGGUUAUGUUUCAUACAUCUUUUUUUAAUCAACUGUGAGAUUUAUAAUAAAAACGUAUUUAACUAAAUACCCUA